UUCUGUGGGCGGGGCACCUGUGUUCCGGAAGUGCGCUGGUGUUUGUGUUUGCGUAGUUUCUGUUACUCGGCCGCUCUCGGUAGGAGGUCGGGGUGCGAUCCGGUGCUAGGAUGAAGGAGCCCAGCACGUCUGUCGGGACUGCUCCGGUCCCGGCCUUUCUUAUGAAGCUCUGGGCGCUGGUGGAGGACCCGAGUAAUAAUGAUGUCAUCUCGUGGAGCUGGAAUGGCCAGAACUUUUGUAUUCUAGAUGAACAGAGGUUCUCUAAAGAGAUUUUGCCCAAGUACUUCAAGCACAACAACCUGUCCAGCUUCAUCCGCCAGCUUAAUAUGUAUGGCUUCAGGAAAGUGAUGAGUCUGGAGAGUGGGCUUCUAAGGUCUGACCGUAGCUCCUGCAUCGAGUUCCAACAUCCUUUUUUCAAAAAGGGGAAGUCAGAACUUUUGGAAAAUAUUAAACGAAAGAUGUCUUCGGUGAAGUCGGAAGAGCCUCAUCUCACACCAGAAGAGCUACAGAAAGUAAUUACAGAGUUACAAGACUUGAAAGAUGUGCAAAGCAACUUGGAUACAAAAUUGGAAAAUAUGAGACGAGAAAAUGAGGCUCUAUGGAAAGAAGUAUCAGCACUCAGACGAAGACACUGUCAGCAGCAAAAGCUCCUUUCAAAGGUGCUUCAGUUCAUCCUGAGCUUAAUGAGGGGAAAUAUUGUAAUGACGCCAAAAAGAAAAAGGCAGUUAACGCUGGAUUCAACUCAAUCCCCUCCACCAAAAUACAGUCGGCAGAUCUUAGAGAUUCCAGAGGGUGUGGAGGAAGAAGGGCAAUACUCUUCUUCAAACCCUGUAAACUUUAGAGACCACGAACUAGAGAUCCAUGAGAUCUUCAGUCCUGGUGAGGGCACCUCCGAAGCUUCCAUUCAUACGAAAGAGCAAGUACAGAAUGUUACAGUCCAUCCAGUAACUGAACAGCUUGGUGAUUCAAUACAAGAAGUUAUUAUUGAUGAUCCAGUUCUGCAGUUGUCGUCAUUUACUGAUCAAAACUUAAAUCCAAGCAAUUCCAAUGCAGGCAAUGAACUUGCCCUAGACGUUUUACAAGAAAACUCCUCUGAAGACCCAGACAGUGUCAUUAACUCGAUUCUAAAUGAAAACUGUAGCAACUCUGAUCUUCUGGACCGAGAUGAAAUCCAGGACUUUCUCAGCUGUAUUGAUGCAAGUAUGGAAGAGCUACAAAGCAUGUUGACCCGGAAGAAGCUGAAUGUUGAAUCAGAUGUUAUUGAAGAGCUAUUUAAACCUGACUUGUCAUCCUCAGAUGUUCCAGUUGUUGAAGCCAGUGCCAGCAUAGGCAAUGAUCUACAACAGAACCCAGGAAACGAUGCAGUAUCGGGCAGCGAUGACCAGUUGAAUAAAGACAAGCAGCUGAUGCAGUAUGUGGGGAACCCUCUGCUGUUUCUUUAUGACCUUUCAUCAAACAGUUCUGCAGCAGCAUCUGUAGAUCCAGGACCUUUACUUACAACUUUAGAAGAUGGCCUGUAUCCUUGCAGCUCAGCAGCACAAAAUAAUACAGCUCUUCCAAAUAACUCCAGCAAAGCAUCGGACCUGUUGCUAGACGAUCUUGUUGGCUCCAAUGUGCAUUUACCCAUGUUUGUCCUUAGCCCAGUCAACAAACUUAUAGAGGAAGCCACAGACUCGGAAGCACUUUAAAAUCUUGGACUUUUUACUAAACCUGUUGUGUCAGGUCAUGUACUGAGUGUUCAAAAUAUGUAUCGCGUCAAUCUCUUGCAAUAAUUUUUUCCCAUGGGAGACAUGAGCCAAUUUUACUGUUGUCUAUGAUGUUUGCAAUGUUAUAACCUUGGAAACUGGUAAAACAUUAUGUUCCAGGUUUUUAUAGCUAUUUCCUUUUAUUUUUAAGAAAAAUGUAAAAACUUAUCAGCACGUGUGCAAAUAUUAAAGGGGUUUUUGCAUUCAGCUAAAAAGGGCUAUAGUGAUUCACAAUCCCAUAAUAAAAAUAUUUGCUGUAUAUUUAGAUUUCUUAUUGUACUGUUACAUAGGUAUUAUUUUAGUCCAUGUUUUUCCUUUUAUUAGUUCAGUUGCUGUAUGUAACACUUGCCUGCCCACAACAAUAACUUUUGUAUAGGUGCCAGGCAUGCGCAGUUCUUUAUCGCGGUCUAUCUCUAUCUGGAACUGUUGCGCAUAUGCAAGCACCUAUCUUCUAUUAUGUGCUACUGCAAAGCUAAUGAUUCUGCACAAUGAGCAGCUUGCCCACAGUUCUAGGUUAUAAUGCAAAAGUCCAUGGUUCACAUUGAAAGAAGAAAAAUUUGUAAAACUGAAGUGUACCUAAAAGAUAGAACCAUUCAAUUAGUUUUCAAUUAAUUUGGUGGUCCCUGAAUUAUUGUGGGUACUUUGGUUAAUGAACAUCUCUUUAGCAAUGCACCUACAGCGUACUUGUCAGAUCACCCAAAAAAAAAAAACUGUUAUAUGUUGCUCAGUAUCUCAUCCUGAUCAUGUGCAUUUUUAUGUGUCUAUGACCUAUAUUUCUCUCAGAAUUAGCUUUAUUUCUGAAUUGCCUUAAUGUUGUCGACCAGAAAUAGGGGGGCGGGUCCCUUUCUUCCCCUCAGGUGCUAACCACUCUCCCUCCCUCACUCUCCUCAGCCACUGGUCUCAGGCGUGAGCAUCUGUAACCCUUUCCUUUCUGGUUUUAUGCUAUACACACACUGUGUGCUUACAGCUUUUGCAAAACUACAGCUCCCAGCAUGCCCACAUAUGAUUGGUAAAACUCAGAUUUACAGCAGUGUUGCUGCAGGCUGUGUUCCUCCUACUGUUGCAAAACUACUACUCCCUGCAUGCCCACACAUCAUUUGGCUGUGCAGGUAUGGUGGGAGUUUUGCAACAGCUGGAGGCAUAUGAUUGUACUCCCCCUGUAUUAGAUAUGCAUACAUACACACACACACACACGGACUUCAUUUAUUCAUACACAUGCACAUUACCUAGACAACACAGAUUUACACACACAUACAUACAUAGAGUAUAUAUAUCCACACACAAACAUAUACAUGCAAGGACACUUAAUUUAAAAAAAAAAAAAAACCUCCAUUCAGUCCCCAUCUUCAUUCACCAGCUUCUUUCAUCACCUGCUCACAGGCAGCAGUGUGCUACUGCCCCUCCCCCUUCUCCUCACACAGGAGACUGUGAAGUAAUCACAGACAGUGAGGGAGCCAAUCACAGCGGCUUUAGAUCUGCAGACCUGUUAAUCAUGAAGUGGGUCCAUGACGUAGGUGAUGACAAGUGGACACAGCCAGACUGGUAUGUAUCCCAGGAGGCAGGGGGGCAGUUCUUUGACUGGCUUUUUCAGUAUGAAAUACAGAAUUUUUUAAUGAAAGCAAUUGCAAAACCUAUUGGUUUUGCAUACUUUACAACUUAUCAAAAGUUUUUAUAUCUGACAGUGCCCAUUUAAAGAGUACCUAUCAUGAUCUAAACUCUACCUUAUCCCCCCAUCUCUCACUAACACUAUUCCUGUGUUUCUUUUCAUUUCACCCUCUUUCUACCUGAUUUAUUGUCUUCUUGGCUGCUCAUUCAGCUAUCCUAGUGUGAGGGAGGAAGGGGGCGUGGCCCAGAAUAGAGGCUGUAAACACAGCAGCUGGCAGCUCUGAAUCUUCUCUCUGUUUACAACUGCAUGUGCAGAGAGAAGAAAGAUCGGAGCUCAGAUAGUAAAAUGAAUUAGGACAUGCAGUAAGGCAGAGUCGGGAGUAGGCCCUGCUGUACUAUUUGUCCUGUCUGAUUGACAGGCAGGGAGCAGUGCUGAGCUUGUCUGUGUCCUGGCUGCAGCCUGAGAUUUAGGACUCCAGCAUGAGUCUGAAAUUUAUAAAAAAUAAAAAUAAAAAAAAAGGGCUUGCGGCCAGAACUGGUAGGGAGACCCCUAGUGGUAAUUUUUUUUUUCAAAGUGAACAAUUAAAUAGAAAGAGGCAUAUUUUUUUUAAUAACAUUGAAUUGAAAAUUUAUUCUGCAUACAUUAAUCUAUAAUAUAUCAACUUUUUGAUGUAAGGUACCCUUUAAGCAGCAAAGGUGUAGAUGGCAACAUUCUAUUUGUGAGCUUCCACCUUUCAGUUCCUCUUAUCUUACUCAAUAUACAGAUUAUGUAAGAUAAGUGCUUCUACAGAAUUACAUUGCUAAUUGAAUUUAAAAAGAAUUGCAAUUACAAUUCAGGGCAUAGUGAUGCUCAUGUAUAGAAAGGUUCUUCAAAGGUACAGUUUCCAUUUUAAUAGAUCACAAAGAGCUGAUCUUGGGUAUGUAUAGUUUUCAUUGUACACUGUGCAUAUUCACAGCCUAAUGUGUAAAUACAGUGAAACUAGUGGGCAAAUGCAUCUGCUGGGAGUCGAGAAUUUCAAUAGCUUCUUUCCAAAAAUAUGGUAUUAGACAUAAGAACCUUUUGUGCUCAGUUGUGCAGCUGAAUGUUAAUUUACUCUAGUUUUUAAGAAUUUUAGUUUACCAAGUUAUUACUGUAUUUUUUUAAAGGUGUGUUUGGUUUUGUUUUUUUAAAUCAAUUAUCUACCGUAGUCUGAGUCUAGAGUCUCUGCCAGGCACUGUUCAUUCCCCUUCUCCACUGGCGGUCUCUUGCACCCCUCAGGCUGCAUCCAGCAGCAGACAUGUUGCAAUAUGUACUGUCCCACAUAGAUUCUCCAUGAGAAAAGGAGACUAAUGGUGUCUAAAGAAUUUAAAAACCUGUAACCCUUUGGCAAAGAAGAUUCUAGACCUUUGGAGGAGAUGCUGAAGGUAGACAUAAAAGUGACUGUGUGUCCACAUGUUUUUGAUGUCUUGCACAUUUACAAAAUAAAACUGGGAUUUUAAGUACA